AUGCAGAUGAAGUUUACGGCCCCGCACCCGCUGAAUCUGGUUGCCCCGCACCUGAUGAUCGACCUCCGGCAGGCUGGCUACAUCGAAAUCUAUGGGCCCGACACUCACGGUGUCUAUGGCUUCCUUCAUCAGUGGCUCGAGAAGAACUGGAAAGCCAGCAUAAUGCCAGCGGAUGCUCAGUUCUGCGACCGCAAGUACCGCUGCAAAGCCUUUCACAAGCGGGGCUCCGAGGGAGAGAACAACAUGGGCUUGUGCGCCAUGCACCUGGUAGACUUCCUCAGCAAGGGCUGCCACUGGAAGAUGAUCGCGUGCAACGCCAGCAACUUCGGGCGCUUGGGAGACCAGCGCGAGCAGCAGAUCGUGCUCCGCUACGACGACUUCGCCCACCAGGACUGCGAUCACCUUCUUGUUGAGCUGCGCGAUGUCGGGUAUGUCGAGGUAAGUGGUAUUCAGAAUGCCCCUUCUGCGGCUGCUGCCAUGCACGAGUUCUUCAGCCACCAGUGGCGCUGCACCGAGUACCGCAACAGCGUCUUCGAGGUCUUCAAUGCCAAGUACUGCGACCGCAAGUAUAGGACCCCGCCGAACUUUUACUUUCGAGAGGGCCUCUGGAACAACCUCGGCCGGCGAACGCUAGAGCUGGCAACCUUCAUGAGCAGCCGGGGAUGGGAGCUGGCAGCCUGCAACGGCGGCAGCCUCACCCUCCCGAAGCAGAAGCAGCACAACGGCCUGGUACGAGAGCAUCAGAUCAAGUUCGUCGGUGCCAAACGAGACGGCUUGGCGACCUGCCCUCUUCUCAUGGUCGAGUUCCGGUCCGUUCCUGCGAGAGACAUGAAGGGCCGCGCCUCCCAUGAGUCGUUCAUUGAGAUCACUGGCACAGACGUCGAUGGUGUUCACGGCAAGCUGGCCGCCUUCGUGCAGGGCCACAUGCAGAGUCGACUGGUUGCAAGAGGGACGCCGUCGUGCGAUUUGUGUUUCGUCUGCGACGCGUUCCAGAUGAAGGAGGCAGACUUGGUCCGCAAAGAAGGCCGCUUUCUGGGCGAGAGCAACUUCGGCAAGUACGCGAUGCGGCUUUGCGACUUCAUGGUGGACUACCUGGGGGAGUGGGAUCUCCUGGUGUGCAACAACAACUGUGUGACAGUGCCAGUGAAAGGCCAGACGGCGGUGGCCCGGGAGGCGCAGAUGUUCUUCCGCUACCGGCGUACCGGGCGCGACGUGUUCCUUUGCGAUGCCCAGGCGGCUCGCCUGGGGCGUCCCCCCAAAGCCGCGCCAAACUACUGGACCCCAGCAGCCAGAGCGGGGACUACAGCCCAGGAAGUGGUGCCCGCCACGGAUGAAGAGCUGGUGAUGUUGCAGGAGGUCAUGGAUGGCACCUACAAGGCGGUGGCCACCAGAGACCGUGGCGGGAAGCCCAUCGCCUCCCGCUUCGUGGUGGUGCAGGCGCUGCGAUCCGAGAACCCCUGGCUCUGGGACCGCUAUGCGGCACGCCGAGAGGCUGUGGGCGUGCAGCUGCGCAGCCGCAGCGACGGCGAGGAGUGCCCGGUGACGCCCUCGACACUUUCGGCCUCCUUGGGGCUGACCCUGCGCUGCCUUCACGAGGUGCAUGGCAAUCCCAGCAACGAGGCAUACCUUCUGCACGGAAGCAAUCCCACCUCGGCGCUGUCCAUCCUCCGAACUUCAUUCAAGAUGGGUUUGGCGGGCAAGAACGCCGGGUCGAUGUUCGGCCCUGGGGUGUACCUUGCCGAGUCGUCCGUCAAGGCGGAUGAGUACGCGCAGGACGACACCAACGGCUCCUACACAGGCCUCUACGCGGUGCUCUUCUGCCGCGCUGUCGUGGGCCGCGCGCUGCAGGUCACAGACCCAGCGGACUACGGCCCACUCGUGACCUCUGGCGACUUCGAGUCUGUGGUCGGGGACCGGGAGCGCGCAGUGGGCACGUUUCGUGAGUUCGUCUUCUUCCACGAGGCAGCAAUCUACCCGGAGUUCGCCGUAUUCUACCGACGGGAGAUGUUCCGCCAGAGCCACAUCCUGGACGAUCGCAUCCGCAAAGAUUUCGGGGCUCUGCACUCUCGUGCGGCUGCUGGCGAGUUGGCUGGCUGGGCCCAUCAUGCGGAGACCUGCCUGGCCCUCGUGGUCAUCCUCGACCAGUUCUCCAGAAGUCUGUACCGAAACACACCAGCAGCCUAUGCCUGCGAUGCCGCCGCGCGCGUGGCGGCCAAUGCAGCUCUGGCCAGGGGAGACGACAAGCAUCAUUGGCCCCCCGGGCCCAAGAGGUGGGCGCUGUACCUGCCCUUCAUGCACUCAGAGGACUUGCAGGACAAGGUCAAGUGCGUGAACCUCAUGCGGGAGGGCAUGGGCAAGUCCCUCUUUGGAAAGGGUGGCUCGCCAUCGGGCCGUGCAGGCGCCGGAUCGAAGGAAGCCUUGCCCAAGCUGCAGACGGCGAACUCCACCAAUGGGAGCAUGCUCACAGGCAAGAAGCUGGUUUCCAAGUCCCCCUCCGCCGCAGCCGCCGCGGCCGCGACGCCUGCCACGGGAUCGAAGAGCCCGGGGCCAGAGGAGGCUGCCUGGGCGGAUGACGACAGCGACUACAGCGACGACAUGGUGGAGCUUGGCCUCAAGGCGACCACAGGGGGCGGACGGAACGCUGCGCGAGAGAGGAAGGCCUACUCCAUGCAGGCUGCCUUGGAGAUCUCCGCGCUGCCGGUGUUGCCGCUCAACCACGCGCACGCGCAGAGAUUCCGCGAGAUGCGCCUGGACGCGCAAACGCAGCAGGCAACCUAUGCUGCAAGCUGCGAGGACCAAGGCGCUGUCGCAAAGCUGGCCUGGUCGUCCACGGCCUUCCAUCGGCUUUUGUGGGAUGAGGCGGCUUGGCGAGGAUCACUUCUCAGCCUCUUCUUCGGAGGUGCAGCAGGGGCGCUGCCUUUUCGGGGCUCCUGGCGCUGCACCCUGCUAUGCAGACAUGGAGGCAGCUGCUCUCCGGGUGGCCCGGGCUUUAGCGCCGGCCGCCUCUUCGCCCGCCUGCGCGUCGAACUCUCCCAGGAGCGUCUCCGCCUGCGGAGGGCACGUGGAUGCAAAGCGCCCCUGCGGCGCAUGCCAUGGCAGAGCCACCACCGCCCGGUGCGCGCGGACCAGCCGUGCUGGCUGGAUGCCCGUCAACAGCUGGGCGCCCUCUUCCACGGCUGGCCCGGCGCCUGGAAGCCGGGCCGGCUGAGACGGCGCUUCGGGCGGCGCCACUUCGCGGUGACCCUGCCGGGAGCCGGUCAGGUCUUCCGCAUGCGGCUCCGGGACUUCUUGCGCUACGCGGCCGCGAACGCAGACUUCCUGCCGCCGCGCUGGGAUGCGGAGCCGCUGUACCUCUUCGACCCGAAUCCACCCAUGGCCCUGCGCGCUCUGCGCCCGCCAAAGCUCAGCGCCCUCCCCGACCUCGCGCGACAGUGCCGAGGCCUAGCCCCAUCCUUGCAGACUGUCAGCAGAGGGUGGCUCCUCAUGGGAGGCGCUGGCAGCGGAAGCCGCUUCCACACCGACGCCUACGGCUGCGGGGCCUGGUUGUCACGAUCCCUCAGCCAAACUUAG